CACGUCGCGACGCGUACGCACGUCUAUAAUAUAUUUAGUACAGAAUAACAUACCGUAGAGACGGUCGGGUACUCUCGGUUGUGAAACGGCAUGUACAGAUAAACUAUACCUUCUUAUCAAGACUAAAAGAAACAGACUUAUCUAUCACACCGUUCACAUGCUUCAGUGACCUCCUAUAUAAAUGAUUGUAAAUCAUACCUAUAUUCGUGGUAAUGGUGUCAACGCAAUAAAAUAUCAACUACAAUAAAAUGAUUUUUAUUGCGGUCAUAGUUCUGACUGUGUUUAUUGUGUUACUUCUGAAGAUCUAUCAAAAGUUCACGCACGCAAUAUGUCAUUCGAGUGCUCAUAUGGUGGGGAAAGUCGUGAUAAUAACAGGUGGGAACAGCGGUAUCGGAUUCGAAACCGCUAAGAACUUAGCGGAGCGCGGUGCAAGGGUCAUUAUCGCUUGUCGCAGUAUCCGGCGAGGCACAGCAGCCAAAGAUGAAAUCAUUAAAGCGACUGGCAAUACAGAAGUUGUUUAUAGACAUUUGGAUUUAGCAUCGCUGCGAUCAGUUCGGGAUUUUUGUGAAAAAAUAUACAAAACAGAGAGCAGGUUGGAUGUCCUCAUUAAUAAUGCCGGCGCAGGCGGCCUCGGUAAUUACAAGACGGAAGACGGGAUUCACAUAGGAAUGCAAGUGAAUUAUUUCGGACCAUUUUUAUUAACCUGUCUUUUGUUGCCUUUGCUCAAAGCUUCUGCGCCUAGUCGAAUCAUUAAUUUAUCAUCGUUGACUCACAAAUAUGCGGAAAUGGACUUUGAAAAUUUGAAUAUGGAAAAAUAUUGGAGUGAUUACUUGGUGUAUGCGAAUAGUAAGCUGUACCUUAAUCUGAUGGCAUUAGAAUUGAGUCGUAGGUUAAAGGGUAGUGGCGUGACUGCAAACGCGUUGCACCCUGGAGUGUGCGCAACGAAUUUAUUUAGGAACAUUAAUAGUAAAAUUAUACGUGGUAUAAUAAAAAUAGGUCUUGAUUUCGUGUACCAAAGCCCUUGGGAAGCGGCACAGACGUCGAUAUACUUGGCUGUGUCACCAGACGUGAAAGACGUGAGUGGUUGCUAUUUCAGUGACUGUCGUAAGAAGAUUCCAUCACGCUUGUCGCAAGACGCUGACAUAGCAAAACGGUUGUGGGUGGAAUCCGAAAAAUUAGUCAAAUUUUCUGUAGAUGAUAAGUAAAGUAAUGUGAUAAAUUUUUGAAACUUGUUAAUUUAUUUAAAGUAUACUUACCUAUAUUUUUAUUGCUCAUGUUACAUAUUCAUGACAGAUAUUUUACAUUUGUUAAUUAAGCAUUUAAGUAGAGUUAUUAAAAACGAAUUGGAACAAAACGAUUAAUUUACAA